AGCCGUGGACGUCAGAUGCCCCUACGGCUGCGAACAGUGCUCGCCCAUCAACGGGUGUCUGGCCUGCAAACCGCCCUUCUUCCUUCUGCUGAGGCGCGACGGGCCCCGGCAGACGGCGACGUGCACGAGGGCGUGUCCCAGAGGCUUCUACAAGAUCAAGAGAAAAAAGAAACGAGGAUUCUGUGCAAAGUGCCUGCUCCGCGGCUGCGAGGAGUGCUCCACCAGGCACUACUGCUCCGUGUGCAAGACGGGCAAGUUCCGCCACGCCGGGAGGUGCCACAAGCGGUGCCCCGAAGGAACGGUGAUCAGCGCGCGGUCGCCGGGGCUCUGUCUGCCGGCGCGCUGCCCGUGCCCGUCAAAAGUAUGACUAAGAACUCCGGCCCCUGUUACCGCUCCCACACAACCAGCAUCCAGGACCGCCGUCCAUUCACGGAGCUCAACACCAAUCCCAAACUUCUUGCAUUCUCUGGCCGUUAA